UGUAGGACGCCAGAGGAGUAAGAGGUCCGGACCCUUUCUCCGAGAUGUUUGUGGGGUGCAGCAGACUCACGAAAAUACACAUCUGAACUGCCUCCCCACAGUGGCCGUUCAGAGAGACACCCUGGGCUGGUGCCUUUCCAAGUGCAUCCGAGAAGCUGACCUAAGCGUGACGAGUGGCACCCAGAAAACCGUUCCAAACCACAAAGCCUUCAAGAACCCACGAGGGAGGAUGAUCCAGAAAGAAAAGUGUGUUUAAACAAUUGGGUGACUCAUCAAAGAGAAGGAGCAGUCUUGAAAUCUAUCAUAAUAAUCAAGACCAGGAAAAAGAUAGCUGGGCAGAGAAAUCAUCAGGAAGCUUCCUGGGAACAAUAGUCAUGAACAUUGUUCCUUAUUGUCAAGUCUAUGCAUUGGAGACCCACUCUUUCAGGGGGCUACGUCCUUCACGACUGUGUCCUCCCCGAUUUUCUUCCUAGCACUUGCUGACAUCCGAAAUUAUGGUAUUGACUGACUGGGCUGAUGGGAGAUAUGCAAAUGAGCUGGAGCAUCAUGGGUAUUGGCCCUUUAUAAGGCCGCGAUGCUGUGGCUAGGAGAGCUUCAGUGUGGGUCCGGCGUCCAUUAGCAGGCUUGCUGGGAGCUCUGUGAGGAAGAAGCUCCCCAGACACUGGAGCAAGUGUGAAGCUGGAGAACCUUCUGGAAUCUCAAGGCUGUCCACUCCUCCAAGGAGGUGUCCAUUGAAUCGGCUCCUGGUUUUCACCCCCCUCCCCCCGCUACCCCGUGUCCUGGAGCCCAAAGCGCCCUAGACCUCCUGCUGCAUCCCGUUUUCUCCUGUUUCUCCCGCCUGUCCCUAGCAUCACAAAGGUCCCCAGACCCUGACCUCCUGGGACCACCAAGCGAGGCUUCCUCUCUCUGUCCAGUCAUCUACAGGCAAGCUUUUUUGGUCAUGUGUCCCCCAGUCAACGUCCGCCACGGGGCCAAGGGCAUGUCCUGCCUCUAUGCGGCCUGGCUAUACCAGCUUGUCCAUGGAGACCAGAUGCAGAUCUGCUAUGCUUGCUUCAAGGCAGCUUUCCUGGUUGUCAAAAACAUGCUGGAGAUGGGAGACUGGGAAGAGGAAGAAGAGUGGGGUGCUGAGCCCAUGGAACUCUCCGAGGCAGGGUCUGAGCCGGAGGAGUGGCCCGGGCUCAGCUUGGGAGAGGGUCAAGGGCAUCCGCCUCAUGGCACCUCUGUUUCUACUGGUCCUGGCAUCCUGACUCAAGGCCCUAUAGGCACGGAGGGGAUAGUACUGGGACCCCAGCCUGUGCCCACUGAGCUGGGGCCUCAGGAAGCUGUACCCCUGGAUCUGGGCCCGGAGGAUGCUGAUUGGAUCCAGUCCCUCCCCUGGAGAUUCGAUGGUCUUUCUCCCUGCUCCCACUGGCUCAUCCCCCCUAUGUCCUGGUGGGAAGUUUUCAAUGUGACCCCGUCUCCUGGGCAACCCAUAUUGCUGGAGUUGAGCCCCAUCUGGCCCAUGGAUCCGUUGGAAGCAGAAGCCUGGUUGGUAGACCUGAAGUUCGUCUUCUUGUUGGGUGGCUUCGAUGCCAUCUGCUACCUGCUGUCCAUGACUCCCUGCUGGGCUGUGAGAACCCGGGUCCAGCGCUGGCAGGUGUUGCUGGACUCUGGUGAGGUGAGGGUGGCCCAGCUGCAGAAUGUACCUGAACAGCAGGACCUGCACCGCUGGCGGCUAAGCAUCUUGGAGUCCUCGGAGCUGGGUGUGGAGCUGGUGCCUGCUGAUUGCAGCCUGCUGAAGGGAGGUUUCAAGGUACACUCCUACCUGCCCUGGCACAAUAGCACCCCAGAGGUCUGGAGCAGGGAGCCAGGGGAGAGGCUGCUUGUCGUAGAAGUUGUGUCUUUGAGGGAGCUGCCCUGUUUCCGCUCCCCUUCCCCUGAUUCACACAACUGAGGGGGCUCAGGCAGCCCCCAUUGUCCUUCCUGUCCCAGGGCUCCAGGGACUGUGAAGUGCCAGAGGUUGCCUGUCUUCAGCCACAGGUCCAGCAAGAUGUUCAUCAUCUUGAGGGGAGGGUCCAGAGCAGCCUAGGGGUGGGGCCUCAGGGAAACCUGGUUUAGUUGUCUUCGGUUGACUGUUCGGUGUUUGGAAGGUAAGCCCCAGCUUCAAGUGCAGGGGGCGAGGACUUUUGUAUCGAGGUAUAGGUGGGGACACUGGAUGUGGUUGACCCAUGCAUGUCCUGCACUAGGCUUCUGAGGGACCACAAGUCCUGGUUUAAGAGUUGACUGCUUAUGCUGGCUGUUUUGUUUCUGCCCUACGCAUGUUACUGUUUAAUAAAGUUGUCAUCAUUUUCAAAGAA